AUGCGGCAGGGGAUUACUUUUAUGUGGCACAAACAGCAGAGUGAUGGACUAGUGCUGAAGCACCACUCGACUGGCCUCACGUUUUCCCCGGGUGACGUCUGGGCGGACGAACCUCAGCCUGUGUGCUGCCCGCCAGUGGAUCAGAGCGUACGCUUAGAUGUGUGUGUGUGUGAGCGCCACACGCGGGUCUCGACCCUGCGCAAUCGAUAUCCCACGCCGGCCGCCGCCGCCGCCGCCGCCGCCGACGACGACGACGACGACUCCGCCACUGUGCGCGAGUGUGAGCAGGCAGGCCGCUCACCUCCGCCGCCGUUUGUGUUGCAGCAGCGGCCGGAGCAGCAGGGCGUGCUGUGCGCGCUGCAGCGCGACGCGUCGUGGAAGUGCCUGGCGCUGACGCUGCUCAUCUGCGGCUGCCUGGGCGCCGUCACGUGGUGCCGCCUCGCCGAGGUCACCAAGGUGAUCAUCAACUUCUCGCUGUACCCCAUCACGCGCACGCGCCAGAUGUCGCCGUGCGAGGACGGCUACCUGUACGUGCCGGUGGCCUUCCUGGCGCUGCUCUACCUGGUCUACCUGGUCGAGUGCUGGCACUGCACGGCGCGCCUCGACCUGCAGGGCCCGCGCGCCGAGGCGGCGCAGGUGCUCGAGAGGGUGCGGCUCAUGAAGGAGGCCCAGCCCGUCGUCUGGUGGAAGGCGGUGUGCUACCACUACGUGCGCCGCAAGCGGCAGGUGACGCGCUACCGGCACGGCGACGCCUUCACGUCGACGCAGGUCUACUACGAGCGCGUCAACUCUCACGCGGCGGGCGCCUGCUUCUCCUACAGCUACUGCGGCGUCCGCGACAUCUCGCGGGAGCUCAAGCUGGACGCCGACUGCCCGCUCACCAAGAUACGCUUCAGCAAGGGCUUCGCGUUCGCCAAUGUGGAGGCGGCGGCCGAGUUCGAGGAGCAGCGGGCGCGCUUCUUCGGCGAGUACGAGCGCGUCGACGACUACCUGGAGAUGCGGGAGGGGCUCGACGUGGCGCACUUCCGCGACGAGCAGCUGACGGUGGCGCCCGGCGUCGGCGCCUCCCUCUACAGCCCCACCGUCUUCUGGGUGUGCUCGCUGCUGCUGCUGUCCUGGCCGCUGCGCCUGCUGCUGCAGUGCCGCACUGCCUACCUCCACUACCAGGUAGGCUAG